AAGGCGAACAAGGGAGCCUUCAAGGACACGGCGUGCGAGGACCUCCUGGCCGCCCUGUUCAAGGCGACCGUGGCGGAGACCAAGGUGGACCCGAAGGCGAUCGGCGACAUCCAGAUUGGCAACGUGUCCCAGCCGGGCGCAGGUGCGGUGACCUCCCGCAUGGCGCAGUUUAUGGGAGGCAUCGGCUACGAGGCCCCGCUGAGCACCGUGAACCGUCAGUGCAGCAGCGGCCUGCAGGCUGUCGCCAACAUCGCUGCCAGCAUCAAGGCGGGCGUGAUCGACGUGGGGCUCGCUGGAGGCGUGGAGUCGAUGAGCAUGUACAACAUGGCGACCAGCGUGGACCCCUCGAAGUUCUCGAAGGCAAUCGCGGACAACGACCUCGCCAUGGCCUGCAUGGUGCCGAUGGGCAUCACCUCGGAGAACGUGGCGGAGAAGUGGAACAUCUCCAAGGACAAGCAGAACAUGCUGGCGGUGGAGUCGCACAACAAGGCGCUCGCGGCCCAGAAAGCCGGCCUGUUCGACCGCGAGAUCGUCCCUGUGACAACCAAGGUGAAGGACAAGUCGGGCGUGGAGACUGUGGUCACCGUGAAGGCGGACGAGGGCCCCCGCGCCGGCACCACCUUCGAGGGGCUCAGCAGCCUGAAGCCGGCGUUCAAGGUUGGCGGUACCACGACUGCGGGAAAUUCCAGCCAGGUCUCCGACGGCGCCUCCCUUGUCCUGCUCGCGCGACGGUCGGCCGCGAAGAAGAUGGGCCUGCCCAUCGUGGCGCGGAUGCGCAGCUUCGCCGUCGUCGGCGUGGACCCCCUCGUCAUGGGGAUCGGCCCGGCGUUCGCCAUCCCCGCCGCGCUCGAGAAGGCUGGCGCGAGCGUGGCCGACGUCGACAUCUUCGAGAUCAACGAGGCUUUCGCCUCGCAGGCCACCAUGACCAUAGAGCAUUUGAAGAUCCCUAUGGAGAAGGUGAACCCCAAGGGCGGCGCCAUCGCCCUCGGCCACCCCCUGGGCUGCACAGGCUCGCGUCUGAUCGCCACGCUGCUGCCCGAGCUGAAGCGCACCAACGGGAAGCUUGGAGUGGUCUCGAUGUGCAUCGGGACUGGCAUGGGCGCCGCCAGCGUCAUCGAGAGCGAGCUGUGA